CCACGAUGUGCUAACGAUUUUCAUCGUCGUCCUUUCUCAGCCAAAGAAACUAAAUUGGGAUGUCAAAUUCAAGAACAUGACAUCCACCGGAAGUUUCCCUGAACCCUCCCAACAGAGCGAGUCUCUGACCAGGCGACUGGCCGGCCCCUCAGUUACCAAGGCAGGGCUCGCUCAUGACCAAACUGAAAUCAACCGCAUCAUCCUUGAGGCUUCCAAGGGAUCCAAGUUCUACGAGAAUGAGAAACGCAAAGACAAGGAGUUGACAGAGAAGAUCAAUAGGAUACUUCAAGAGAAGGAGGAAGCGAUGCUCGGGGCAGACAUGGCAAAGUUGGAGGCAAUGGCCGAUCAGCAGAUUAUGAAGCUUGAAAGCGAACGAGACCUGUCCCAGUUCAUUGUCCACGUUGACAUGGACGCGUUUUACGCAAAUGUCGAGAUUCUCCGAGAUCCCAGUCUCAAAGGAAAGCCGUUUGCUGUUGGUCGCGGGGUCAUGAGCACCGCAUCGUACGAGGCCCGCAAGUAUGGCGUUCGCUCGGGCAUGGCAGGAUUCAUUGGCAAGAAAUUGUGUCCCCAGCUCAUCUUCGUCCCUGCGCACUUCGAUUUAUAUUCGAAGACUUCCGCUCAAAUCAUGUCAAUAUUCCGGAGAUACGACCCAACUAUGUGUCCCGCUGGUGUUGAUGAAGCGUAUCUGAACGUCACCGCUUACUGUAAACAGCAUGGCAAAACCGUGGACGAAGUCGUCUCCGAAAUGCGGAAAGCUGUAUUUGACGAGACUCAGCUGACUGUCAGUGCCGGGAUAGCACCCAACAAGAUGCUAGCCAAGAUUUGCUCAGACAAGAACAAACCUAAUGGCCAAUUCAAGCUCGAAUUCGAGCCUGAUUCAAUCAAAGCUUUCAUGCAUUCUCUUUCGAUCCGCAAAGUACCUGGAGUCGGGAGGGUCAACGAACGGCUUCUAGACUCGAUAGGGAUCAGAACGUGUGGGGAUAUCUACCAACAGCGAGGGGUGAUAGCCUUGAUGGACAAACGUUUCGGACUAGACUUCCUCCUUCGCGUUUAUCUUGGAAUUGCUUCGAAUCACGUCGCUCCUCACGCUCGCGAGGAGAGAAAGAGCAUAGGGGCUGAGAGAACGUUUUCUACACUGGAUUCUAAUCAUGCAGAUCCAAAGAAAGGAAGCGUCGCCAUUGUGGCCAAGCUCGAAGAAGUGGCUGAAGAGCUCGUGGAGGACAUGAAGAGGGAAGGCUGGGUUGGAAAAACAGUUACAUUAAAAUACAAGUUAGACACCUACCAAACGUUCACCAGGGCCAAGCAGUUCUCCAAGUGGAUCACAACGAAGGAAGAACUUUUUAAUACGGGAAAGGAGUUACUGUUGUCAAGAUUUCCCUUAAGACUCAGGCUCAUAGGCUUGAGGCUGACGAGGCUGAAAGACCUGCGAGCGGAGUCGAAGUCUACGGGUAUCAAGCGAUUUUUCGAACCCAUUAAGCAACAGCAGGACAGAGACGAUGCUCAUGGCCCUCGUAAACGGAGACGUCUUGACCCAGAACUUGAAGAGGCAGACGACGAGCCCCCAGGGUCGCAAGAUUGUAUGCCCGGCUUCCACGAACACGAUGAAAGGGACAUCGAGCUGGCAGCAUUCGACGAUGACGGAUUCGAGGAGGAAGGAUUUGCUAUUGUUGAAGACCCGAAAUCCAUCUCACACACCCCCAAACAUGGUCCUGGCAAGGAUCCCAAACGACCUAGGCCACCUGUAUCGGCCCCGGCUUGCAGCCCGCCAAAUCACAUACCCCCCCAAACCGACCAAGCCCCUGUGCGGACGAGGGCCAUCAGUAUCGGGCCCAUAAGCGAAUCUGCUGGGAGAGACGGCGUUUUUCUACCACCGCCGCCAGAAGAGCCGCCUGAGCAAGACUUACAGGAAUGCCCUAUAUGUGGGCGAAAACUACGGACCGAUAAUCAGGGGUUGAACUCGCAUAUCGAUUUUUGCCUCAGUCGAGACGCUAUUUGGGACGCUCAGACCGAAACUGUUCAGAGUGCCGGCCGUUCUGGCCAUGCGAGAGCCAAUAGCGAGGAUAGAGAUGGCAAGAGGAUCACGGCUCACUUGGGUAAAUCGAGUCACAAGCGCCCGACUGGUGCCAAGGGCAAAAACGCCUCAACAGGAUCCAGGCAAGGGGUGUUGCAGUGGGUGAAACAGGAGAGCAGGAAGAAGUAAGAGCGAAUUGGGCAGUUUCCUGUUGGAUUUUAUUUUUGGGGUAACAUAUAAUGGCAAUUUCAAUGAGGGUAAAUAGGUGCACAACGACGUGGAUUUA